UCAAGCAUCGAUGGAGAAUUUGAUAUCACUGGUAAACAAGAUACAGAGGGCAUGUACAGCCCUUGGCGAUCACGGUGAAGAAAGCGCCCUGCCUACUCUCUGGGACUCUUUACCCGCCAUUGCUGUCGUCGGUGGCCAGGUCUCCUCUCCGUCGCUUUUAUCUCAUCUAUCUAUUUAAAAUAUGCUUUUAUUACGGACCCUUGAUAACAUCGGAUCAGUUAGUUUUAUUUCAGUCAUUUAAAUGAUCUGUGUAUCCUAGCUUGAAAAUCAGGGUGAGCUAGCGUUUCUAGAGUGCAUUCUUUUAUUUUGAAUCCUUUUAGAGCUCACAAUGCGGCUAUUUUUUGGCUUUUUGCUUGAAGUUUAUUCAACUUGUGAAAUUGUUUUUAUUGGUUCUUUAAAAUGAAUCCAUAAUCAUUUCUAAGAUGCUUGAAUGUUUUUGUAUUUAUAACUUGUAUUCGAACAGAGAGUUUAUUAUUCAAUUUCGACUGCGCACAAUUCACUGCAAUUUUUUGAAUGAAAGUAGCUAUGCCGCAUGUGAGCUUAGUUGAUUGCAUAGCAAUGGAAAUUUGCGAAUGCUUUGCUAUUAGGUUUAAAAUUUUAUUUUUGCCUCAUCUGAAGCAUAAUGCUGUCUCUGUUUUUGUUUAUAUCCUACAUUUUUCCCUUUGCACUCUUUGAUGCAUGAAUGAGAAUACAUCCGGAGUUCCUUGUUGGCCUAAAUCUUCAAAGUUGAUCGUUCUUCUUCUCGUGUGAUCACAUCUUGCUUUCACUGUUUGCAGAGUUCUGGGAAGUCUUCAGUCUUGGAGAGCGUUGUUGGCAAGGACUUUCUACCUCGUGGGGCAGGGAUUGUUACUCGACGUCCUCUUGUCCUGCAGCUUCAUAGAAUUGAUGAAGGAAGGGAAUACGCUGAGUUUAUGCAUCUCCCAAGGAAGAAGUUUACUGAUUUUGCUGCUGUGAGGAAGGAGAUUUCUGAUGAGACUGAUCGAGAGACUGGCCGCACCAAACAAAUCUCCACUGUUCCAAUCCAUCUUAGCAUUUAUUCCCCAAAUGUUGUGAAUUUAACAUUGGUUGAUCUUCCUGGUCUUACCAAAGUGGCUGUUGACGGUCAACCAGAAGGCAUUGUGCAGGACAUUGAGAAUAUGGUCCGCUCAUAUAUUGAGAAGCCAAACUGUAUUAUUCUGGCAAUUUCUCCUGCCAAUCAGGAUCUUGCGACAUCAGAUGCAAUUAAGAUAUCUCGUGAAGUCGACCCCAAAGGGGAGCGGACAUUUGGAGUUUUAACGAAGAUUGAUCUCAUGGACAAGGGUACUGAUGCAGUUGAUAUCUUGGAAGGAAAAUCAUAUAAGCUACAAUUCCCUUGGAUUGGUGUUGUUAACCGCUCUCAAGCUGAUAUCAACAAAAGUGUGGAUAUGAUUGCUGCUCGUCGUAGAGAACGGGAGUAUUUUCAAACUAGCCCCGAGUAUCAGCAUCUUGCUCAAAGGAUGGGUUCUGAGCAUUUAGGAAAGAUGCUUUCUAAGCAUUUGGAACAAGUUAUCAAGUCUCGAAUUCCUGGCCUUCAGUCUCUUAUCAACAAAACUAUUUCUGAUCUAGAAUCAGAAUUGAGCCGUCUUGGGAAGCCUGUUGCUACUGAUGCAGGGGGAAAAUUAUAUAUGAUAAUGGAAAUAUGCCGUUCUUUUGACCAAAUAUUUAAAGAACGUCUAGAUGGAAUACGUCCCGGUGGUGAUAAAAUCUAUCUUGUGUUCGAUAAUCAGUUACCUGCUGCACUCAAGAGGUUGCAAUUUGAUAAACACCUUUCAAUAGACAAUGUGAGAAAGCUAAUAUGUGAAGCUGAUGGGUAUCAGCCACAUCUAAUUGCUCCUGAACAAGGUUAUCGCCGUCUGAUAGAAUCUACUCUGACAACUAUCAGAGGUCCUGCAGAGGCAGCUGUAGAUGCUGUCCAUGCUAUACUGAAGGAACUAGUUCAGAAGUCUAUCAGCGAGACCAUGGAAUUAAAGCAGUAUCCCACUCUGAGAGCGGAAGUCAGUAAUGCAGCUAUUGAAUCAUUGGAGCGGAUGAGGGAAGAAAGCAGGAAAGCAACUUUGCAGCUAGUCGAUAUGGAGUGUUGUUACUUGACCGUGGAAUUUUUCCGGAAGCUUCCUCAAGAUGUUGAGAAGGGUGGAAAUCCUACACAUUCAAUUUUUGACAGAUAUAAUGAUUCAUACCUUAGGCGAAUUGGAAGCAAUGUACUGUCCUACGUGAACAUGGUAUGUGCAAGUUUGAGAAAUUCAAUCCCCAAGUCUGUUGUGUAUUGUCAAGUGAGGGAAGCAAAACGUAGUUUACUAGAUUAUUUCUUUGCAGAGUUGGGUAAGAAGGAGACAAAACAGUUGUCUUCCUUGUUGGACGAGGAUCCAGCAGUGAUGCAGCGACGUACCUCCCUUGCGAAGAGACUGGAAUUGUACAGAAGUGCCCAAGCAGAGAUUGAUGCAGUCGCAUGGGCAGCCAAGUAGAAAAGCGAGAGAGAGAUAAUUUCUUGGACUUUUUGAUUCAGUAGGUGGAUCAAAUCAAUCCAUUUAAAUUUUUUUCUGUGAGAAAAAUUUCUUUUUUUGGUAA